GGGGGGAACCUCGGUCAGCAGCCCCGGUUCCGACAUCGCUCCGCGGGAGGGAAGAGACAGGCAGGCUGAAGAUGAUGUGGGAUGGGACUGGUUCACUUAGCUGUCUCAGGAGAGAGAAUACGUAUGAAACCAGGUGUUGGUAAGUCUUCGUUAGUCCACUUGCUGUGUCAGAACCAGGUUCUGGGCAAUCCAUCUUGGACUGUUGGCUGUUCUGUCGACGUAAGGGUACACGACUACAGAGAAGGCACACCAGAGGAGAAGACGUACUACAUUGAAUUGUGGGAUGUUGGAGGAUCUGUGGGUAGCGCCAGCAGCGUGAAGAGCACUAGGGCAGUGUUCUACAACUCUGUCAACGGCAUCAUCCUGGUCCAUGAUCUGACCAAUAAGAAGUCCUCUCAGAACCUGUACCGCUGGUCCCUCGAGGCCCUGAACAAAGACUCAUCGCCCACUGGUGUCAUCGUCUCCAACGGGGACUAUGAUCGGGAGCAGUUUGCGGAUAAUCCGGUUCCCCUGCUGCUCAUCGGUACCAAGUUUGACCAAAUCCCCGAGAACAAGCGCAACGAGGUUCUGACCAGAACGGCCUUCCUGUCUGAGGACUUUAACGCCGAGGAGAUCAACCUGGACUGCACUAACCCACGCUACCUGGCAGCUGGCUCAUCCAACGCAGUCAAGUUGAGUCGCUUCUUCGAUAAGGUUAUAGAGAAGAGAUAUUUUACUAAGGACCCAAGUCAGCUCGCAGGUUUCACAGACCGAAAGCGCUUCAACUUCAAGAGUCUGCACUACGACUGAGCCUGACUGCAAGACCCCCCCCCCCCCCCCCCCCCCACACACACACACACACACAGGGGGCUGUGGUUUCCUCUACCGCUAGUUCAGCCAUUGCCGUAAGCCCUUCUGUCAUUUGCUCUCGUUUGGUCUCAGCUAGCCUCCUCAUUUCUUGUACAGACAGCUCAAAACAAACUAAAUAAAGCGUCUUAACACUUACACACUCUUACUUACACUCGCCUCGUGACCCGUGAAGUUCACAGGACUGGAUUCAUCGAUAUUCAGUUUCCCUUUGAUGGCUGUUUACCAUAACCUAUAAUGUACCGUUUGCUACAUUAGCAAACAUAAUGUAUUUCUGUGGGUGUUUUAAGCCCCCAACGUGGUCUUCCAGGCAGCGCUGCAUGAAAGGCACUAGGGUUAGGCAAGGGUUAGGCAAGGGUUAUGCAAGGGUUAGGCAAGGGUUAGGUGCCUUGAAGUCGACGGUGGGGGUUUAAAACACCACCGGGCAUUUCUGUGUGUGUUUCUGAUUCUAUUCCUGUUUCAUCUGAAGCACAGUAAAGAAAAAUACAGCAGACUGCUCCAAACCAUGA